CUGUGUGCUCAGUGUUCAUCACAAGCCUCUGGUCACUGCCAGGGUUGGGUUUAGAAGGAUUCAGGCAAAAUCAGAGCUGACGUUUGGGGAAUGGAAGUGGAUCUCGGAGGGAUUUCCAGGGCAGCUAUGUCUGUCCUUUCAGCGCCUGCUGUGGAUCUGAAUUCUGCUGGCAAAUCUGAGCCUGAGAGGCCUCGCAGCUCCAGCACUCCCUGCUCGCCCAUCAAACGCACUGUGUCCGGCUAUCAGAUCCUUCACAUGGACACCAACUUCUUAGUUGGUUUUGCUACAGGUGAAGAGCUUUUAAAGUUGGCUCAAAGGUGGUCAGGUAGUGAGGGAAGUGUAGCAGAGGCUCUGCCCAGCCAACAUCCCAAGCAGCGGGAGGUGGGAUUGACACGAAGUUCCCGAGUAUACAGAACCAAGAAUCAAUACUAUCAGCCGUACGAGAUCCCAGCCGCGAAUGGGAGAAGGCGACGAAGGAUGCCAAGUUCAGGAGAGAGAACCGUCAAGUCAUUGUCCUUCGAACCCAGCAGAUGUCUGCGGGGCCCUUUGCCACUUUGUCUCAUUAAGGGUAAGAGGGCCCAGUCAAAAUCCUUGGAUUACCUAAACCUGGAUAAAAUGAACAUCAAGGAACCUGCAGACACAGAAGUGCUACAGUACCAGCUACAACAUCUCACGCUCCGAGGGGAACGUGUGUUCAGUAGAAAUAAAACCUGAAAUAAAAAAGCAUCCGGUGCUUUUAUCCAAGCGGUAUAAGGAGCAACACUGGAUCUGCAAGAAUCAGUGGGAUAUUUGCCCGCUUUUCAUUGUGAUUGAUGGAGUCAACGAACUGGAUAAUUUGACAGUAGAUAUUUAAACUUCUCUGAUGGAAUAUUGAUUCUAUACAAACUGCACCAGGUUGCAAAAGCAGUGCCCUUUCUGAUAGGAUUAAUGUGGAUUAGAUAGUGUAGGCGGAUUAUUUUACAUUCCAGAAAGAAUAGAAGCUCCAAUGUUACUGGUAACUGGUAAAUGUGGCAAAUGGUCUUCACUGUUGUAGUUAUGGCAGGUGUAAUACAAAAUGGCUGAAGUAUUGCUAGCCCUUGUCUUGUAGCAAUAAUAAUGUACUCAUCAAAAUCCUCUUUAGGACACUUUCAUUUCACUUUCAAUUGUUUAAUUUAAGAAUUAAUAUAUAAGUAAUACCAAUGUUUCCUAUAAUCGGCAAACAUUUAAAAUACUGUAUGUGUCCAUACAUAGUUCCUGAGACCUGUAUUUAUUCACCAAUUAAGUAAUCUUUAGCUGUUCGGGCAUCAGUAAAUGCCAAAAGCUCAUUUUAAACUGACGCCAUAGUUUGUAGUUAUAUGAAGACUUUGUUUACACUUGAAACUUGAACUAUUAAACCAUUUGAAAUAUAUCAGAAGACAGCUAUUUGAACUUGUUCCCACUAAUUUGCUGCCACAAACAGAUUUUUGACUGGAAAUCCUAAAGAUUUUUUGGAGAACAACAAUACUAAAUGUGCUUCAACUUUCAGUAAAUUUCAGCAAAGCUGACUACGUGAACUAGUCCAUUCCUGAUGUUUCAUAAACCUGGAUUUUCCAACAUCAGUGAAAUACAUAUACAAAUGAAAAUGAUUGACAUUUGUAGAAUGGGAGGAUGACAGCCAAAAGUAACUUGAAGCCUACCAGGUCAAAGUCAGCCUGUGUCAGUAUGUGUGUGUGAAUGAGUAACUAAAGAUCAACAAUUUUUUGGCAGUAUGUUUUAGCUUUUGAAUGUUAUGAAACGUUUCUUCUUAAUACAGGUACAGUAUAUAUAAUAUUUGUAACUAACUUAAGGAAGUACCAGCAUUAAACAAAUUUCUCACUGGUUU